CACUUACGAUGUUAUUACUGUGAUUUCUCAUUUGAUUUUACGUUUCGGGUUUUAUUUAGUUUGGUUGGUCCUUACAAUCUCAUAAAACAGAGCCAAGAAAUAUGGCUAACGUUUCGUUUACUUUUGAUUCUCAGGAACAAAAUAAGGAAUUGAGGCCGAGUAGAUUAGUGGGUAGAUCUGAUGAGAGAAAUGGUAGGAGACAGGGAACAGAGCAAAAGAAGAAGGAGAAAGAAGACUCGGGUUUUAGAGUAAGCGAAGAGGGUGAGAUUCCUUUGCAACAAGGGUCAAAUACUGACUCAUACGCGCGGGAUGAUCUGACACAACAACAGAGAGUGAGUGAUGUUGUGAUGCAGAGGAGAAGCCAUGAAACAGAGUCGAGAUUAUGGCAAAGGGCUAGAACUCAGGAUAGGAGAGGAAGUGAAUCCAGAAUGAUGUUUGAUGGGAGAACUCAGUGGAGUCACGCACCGGUGCUAUCGAGUGCGUAUCCAGUUCGCCCCGGUGAAGAUAAUUGUCUGUUUUAUAUGAAAAACCAUCUGUGUGAAUGGGGAAGCGAGUGUUGUUACAAUCAUCCUCCUCUACAAGAGAUUCCGUGCAGGAUUGGUAAGAAGCUGGAUUGCAAGUUUUUUAAGGCAGGAGCUUGUAAGAGAGGCUCAAAUUGUCCAUUUAAUCACCCAAAGGAAAGGGAUGGUGAUAGUUUACCUAUGCCUCAGGGUAGAACUCCGGAUUUGAGAAGGAAUGAUUCAGGGAGGAGGUACAAUACAGAGUCAAGAUCAUGGCCAGAGAAUAAGGAGAAAGAAGUGGGCCAGUUUCGUGAUCACCAAGACUCUAAAGAAGACGCGCAAGAGGUUCUGCUACAACAGAGACCUAGAGAUGUUGAGAUGCGGAAGAGGUCUAGAAGUCCGGAUUUUAGAGCGAGUUCAUCGAGAGGAAGAGUUGAAAAUAAAUGUCAAAGACGCCAUGGAAAGGAGUUGGCCUUAUUCAAGCGAGAGAGGCUAAAGAAAAUGAAUUAUGACUUGAUUUUGUUCUUUGUUUUAUUUUACUGACUUCAGUCACUUAAUGAUCCUGAGUCCUUUUGACUUAACUCGUUGCUUUUUCUUCAAACAAAAUAUGGUAGGAUCUUCAGAAACCGAGACAAAGGAACAUCGAGAGGCAGAGGAGAGAAGCUCAAGAGAAUCUGCAACUGCAACAGGAAAGGUUUCAGACUCUGCAGGAACAGAGAAAGAGAAACAUUAAGAAGGCGAGAAUCGAAGCUCGUUUGAAACUUGAUCAGAUCCGACCAACUGUUGUAUUAGAAAAUAGUCGAGCCACAAAAAUGAUGAUAGAAUGGGGAUUUACUGAUUUUCGCAAACUCCAAGGCUCCAACCUUGGAAACAAGAAAUGGAUAUGUUGGGUCAGAAAACAUUGUUGUUAAGUCAGAUUUAAACUUUUUUAUUUUUCUAAUUUUUUUUUUAUUUUAAACUAUCUCACUUUCUGUCAUAAGAGAAUUGGUUAAAACUAUUGAUGCAUAAUUUAACAUGUCAAGCUUGGUACAA